AGGCUGUUCAAUCUCCCAACUUGAUCCAGUGUAAAGACCAGCUUUAACACUAAACCUGUUCCUCCAGCUCACAGCUCAGAGAACACAAUCCAGACAGGCUAAACAUAUUCAAUAUGGACGUGUGGACAGCGCUCCGAGCAUUCCUCAGCUUUUUCCCCAUCACCAUGUUUGCAUUUAUCCCCUGUAGAGCUGCUGAAGUGAUCUUUCAGCUGCCUCGGGUGAGAGUGCAGCAGCUGAUGGAGAAACCUUCUGGAGAAGCAGGGCAGAGUCUUCUCAGCAGGAGGAGAAAUAUAUUAGAUACCAAAAUAGCAAAUCCUUUCCAAACAUUGUUUGAGGAACAUUUUUUUUUUGCUUCUGGAGAUCCUUUGGUGGUCAGACCUUCCUACAGAGUGAGCUACAGACUAGUGACUUCACUGGAGUGGCGCUGCUGUCCAGGUUUUCAUGGUGAUGACUGCAGAGAAGAGUGUCUGAACUGCACCAAUAUGAUGUCUCUCAGAGACGCUGGACUCUCUCCUCUCCGAUCAUUUAACUAUUCUGCUGAGAAAACAACGCAUAAUGAGGUGGAUGGGUCCCGCCCCUCACUGGUCACACUAUAUUCCAUUGGACGGCCAGGGCUGAGGGGCCCCCCAGGGCCAGCAGGACUUCCUGGAGUUACUGGACGUCCAGGCCCUAAAGGAGAACCAGGUGUGACAGGAAAAACAGGGCUGACAGGACUGAAAGGAGAAAGAGGACCACCCGGACCACCAGGACAUUCCCCUUUCUCUACUGAUAGAGAUGAGUUCACGCUGACCGCCAGACAGCACGGACAGUGUGAGAACACACACAUAAUAAAUGAUGACGGUUCCCUCCCCAUCUAUUAUGGGCAGAGAAUAUUGUUUGGAGCUCCAGGACCAUCUGGACCACCUGGGCCACCAGGACCUACAGGACCCCAAGGACUCCCCGGCGUGCCAGGACAAAAUGGAGGGUCAGGCUUUUUGGGAAGACCAGGCCUUAAAGGCUCCAAGGGUGAUGCCGGAGAACAGGGGCCACCAGGGGUCGCCGGAAGACCAGGCAGGCAGGGAGCUCCUGGACAGAAGGGUGAUUCAGGAGACAGCAAGACUGAGGUGCAGCAGCUGAGGGUGGCGCUGAAGAUCCUGGCUGAGAGAGUUCUGAUUCUGGAACACAUGAUCGGAGUUCACGGUCAGAUAUGAGCUGUGUUUGUAGUUUACUGCAGUGUGAGUGUGCAACAGACAGUUUUUCUGUGUUUCUGCUGUGUAAAUAAAAUAGUCAGGUUUAUCACUGUUGAUCACAAUCACAGUCAAACAGCCAAGACAGCCCAGAGAUUUCCUUAAUACCUCUAGAUUUUCUCCUAGACAACAAUGAAGUCAGAUAAAAGAAAGAAAAUCAUUGAGGUUUAUACAUUUACACGCUGUGUUUGGUCUGGCAGAGGUCUGGCAGAGGGCCUGGGGAGUGAGCGCACUCUUCUUUUCUGUUAAAAAUUCAAGAAUUGUGUUGAUUGAAUUGAAUGUGUUUAGUUAGAGUUAUAAAGCUUUAGUUCUUAACUUCAGGAUUUUUUAGCUGGGUUUAGUGCAGUGGUGGCUCAGUGGUUAGAGCACUGGGCCAUACAUGACAAGAGUGUGGGUUUGAUACUCUCAGUUUGGACUCCUUUAACCUUACUUUUAUUUAAACAAAGUAACAA